CAGUGUAGCGAUUAUGAUCAUAGUCUUUCCAUAAAUCGAUUUUAAAUUAAAUUUAAAGCGAAAAAUAUUGUUGAGACGACAGUAGUCGAUCUUUGACGGAAAUUUCCGAUCAUCGUUUAGUCCAAAAAAAAUACUUUUUUGAAAAUGAGUGGGGGUUUAGUGCCUAGUAGAAGCACGGUUUACAUUUCUAAUAUCCCGUACGAGCUAAAAAACAACGAUUUACACAAGCUUUUUGAGAAAUUUGGUAAAAUUGUCAAAGUUACGGUUUUAAAAGACAGAGAGACCAGAAAGAGCAAAGGAGUGGCAUUUAUCCUUUUUUUGAAAACCGAAGACGCAAAAAAAUGCGUGGAAGACACAAACUUAAAAGAAAUGUUUGGACGGACUGUUAAAGCGAGCAUAGCGAAGGAUAACGGCAGGACUACCGAGUUCAUCCGGCGCAGAGAAUAUCCAGACAAAACUAAAUGUUACGAGUGUGGUGAAUACGGACACUUGAGUUACAAGUGCUCCAAAAAUGCACUAGGAGAGCGCGACGCCCCAGCUAAAAAAGUCAGAAAGCGAAAAAAGAAAGAACCUACGUCUUUAACCCAGGAACAAAAAGACUAUUUUGAUAGUUCGGAGUCUGACAAUGAUCAGCAUAAAGAAGACGAUGAGACUCUAAGUGCCGCUAUCGCACAUGAGCAAGAAAAACAAGCUCUGGAGGAUUAUCGGUAUCGAGUGGCCACUGGCAACUAUGAAGACGCUACAGCUGAUGAAGGCCCCCCUAAAAAACUAAUAAAGAAGAGUAGUUACUUCAGCGACGAAGAAGAAAGCGAUUGAUUGUAAAUUAUUGUAAAUAAAUAAAAAACUGAAAAGUCAAA